AUGGCGCCGGUCCCGGCUCUUCUCUGGCGAUCGCUGCGAACGCAUCAGGUUUACGGUGCGAAUACUGAUGUUGGAAAGACGAUUUUCAGUACGAUUUUGUGUAAUUCUGCGGUUAAGCGGGGUGAUAGGACAUGGUUUCUGAAGCCGGUUUCUACUGGGGCUGCGAAUGAGGCUGAUGGAUGUCAUAUUCAACGAUAUGCUCCGUCGACGAACCAUGAGACGCUCUUUCAGUACGAUAUUCCCUGCAGUCCUCAUAUCGCUGCGAAGGCAUCUGGCAAGCCAAUUCCAUCCGAUGAGGAUGUUCUCACAAAGAUCUACGACACCACCUCUCGAUAUGCCUCUGAGGGUCCAGGAUGGCUGUUUCUAGAGACUGCUGGAGGCGUUCACUCACCUGGUCCAUCCGGUACAACCCAAGCUGAUCUCUACGCGCCAUUGCGUGCGCCAGUCGUUCUCGUCGGCGACUCAAAGCUCGGCGGCAUCUCACAGACAAUUUCAGCAUACGAGUCUUUGCGAAUGCGCGGCCAUGAUAUUGAGUCAAUUCUCCUGUUCCAGGAUAUGAAGUACGAAAACUAUCAAUACCUCCGAGACUACUUUGCAAAGUUAGGCGGCAUAUCAGUCGAUACUGUCCCCGAACCGCCUUCUCGACUGGAUAACGAAAAGGAAGACAUCGAGCAGAUGAAAGAGUACUACGCUUCCAGCAACGUGGACCACGUCCUCGAGGCUCUCGACAAACGAGGAAAAGAACGCAUCUCCCGCCUCGAAUCAAUGAGCUCCAAAGCAAGCAAAUCAAUCUGGUACCCCUUCACCCAGCAAAAGCUCGUCACCGCAGAUACAAUCUCAGCCAUCGACUCAGCCCACGGCGACUAUUUCCAAGUCCUCAAUCCCAAGACACCCAACCUCCUCCAACCCGCCUUUGACGGCUCAGCAUCAUGGUGGUCCCAAGGUCUAGGCCACGCAAACUCGCGCCUCACCCUCGCAGCAGCCUAUGCCGCCGGUCGCUACGGACACGUCAUGUUUGCCGAGGCAAUCCACGAGCCUGCAUUAGCGCUUGCGGAGAUGCUACUAAAGGGGGCGAGCAAUCCACGAUUUUCACGUGUCUUCUACUCUGAUAAUGGAAGUACGGGGUGUGAAGUCGCUGUCAAGAUGGCGCUACGUGCAGCGAGGCUGAGGUAUGGCUGGGGACCGAAUGAUAAUGUCCACAUUCUUGGCCUUAAGGGGAGUUAUCAUGGUGAUACGAUUGGUGCGAUGGAUUGCGCAGAGCCUUGUGUGUACAAUGAAAAGAUUGAGUGGUAUGAAGGAAAAUGGGUUGUUCAGGUUCCUGGUGGUCUGAGGGAUGAACUGGGACAAGAUUCGGAUCUCAAAUCGAUCUCGGAGGUUUUUGAUCUUGGAUCUCGGCUCAAUACCGAGCAGUACCGAAAGUACGAACGCUACAUCGAGGGCGUUCUCUCGAAACUCCAAGCAUCAGGCCGCAAAUUCGGCGCUCUCAUGAUGGAGCCGAUAAUUCUCGGCGCAGGAGGCAUGAUCUUUGUUGAUCCCCUCUUCCAAAGAGCUCUAGUGGAUGUCGUCCGUCGAUCCCCUCACCUCUUCGGCAAUGGAUCCAGCCCCAAGGACCCACUCUCGUGGUCUGGACUCCCCGUAAUUUUCGACGAAGUUUUUACCGGGCUAUACCGCCUCGGUCGGUUUACAGCGGCGUCGUUCCUCGGCACCGACGCCGACAUCUCUGUCAACGCUAAACUACUUACGGGAGGGCUUGUACCGCUCUGCACGACUAUGGCAUCUGAGAGUAUCUUUGAUGCGUUUGUUAGUGAUGACAAGAGUGACGCUUUGCUGCAUGGACAUAGUUAUACGGCUCAUGCUGUUGGAUGCCAAGUUGCUGUUGAGUCGGUGCGGGAGAUGCAGGAUAUGGAGAAGAGGGGAGAAUGGGAAUGGGCGGAGAGUGACUGGGAGACAGAUACUCAGGCUUGGUCUGUUUGGUCGAGAGAGUUUGUCAACAAUGUCUCGCAUAAUCAGCAGGUUUUAGGUGUUUGGGCUCUUGGAAGUGUUUUGGCGAUUAGCUUGAGGGAUGAUGAUGGUGUUGGGUACAAGAGUUUGGCUGCCAAGAAGCUUCAGACUCAUUUGAGAGAGGGAACUGGGACUUGGAAUGCUCACAGCCGAAUCUUGGGCAACGUCUUCUAUGUCAUGGCGAGUCAAAAGACGAGUCGACAGAGUCUUCAAGAGUUGCAGGGGUUGUUAUUGGGGGCUUUGAAUACCGAAAUGAGUUCAAAACAGUUGUACGAAAAGACACGAGAGCAGUCAAUCUCUGACUUUGAGGCGCAAACCAAGGAUCUUCAAAAAGAGCAUCCCGAUGUCGAUUUUAAAGCAGUCGUCAUCGAACCAACCAUGAAUCUCAUGUUUGACAUCAAGGAAAACCUCACCGAAGACGAGCGAAAGAGACACGAGGAAUACAUCACCCGAAUGCUUCAGAAUACCGGCAAUCCGUCCAAGGCGGAGAAAUACCUUUGGCAGGCCAGAGACUAUCUCAGACCAUACCCUGACGUCCUCAAACAAUUUGACGACAUCUAUAUCAACCAAAGACCAAUCCCCUCACCAUCCGCCAUGAAUUUCAACAACCCCAAUCUCUUCACAGACGUCGAUCUAUUGGACGGCUUCAUCAGCGAUGAUUUAACCCCCGACAUGUCCGACUCAGCCCCGCCAACAGACCUAUCAAAUGGAAUGGCCAAUCUUGCUCCAACUCAUCCUGUGCCGCAAAAUCCCUUCACUCCCCUGUCGCUGCAUGGAUACACUCAACAAGCGACACCAGCGCCGCCUGCAAAGGUCGGCGGGAGAUUCACGAGGGAGUCGGUGAGGAUAUUGAAGAAUUGGCUCGCGACGCAUCAGAACCAUCCGUAUCCGCGCGAACCUGAGCGGCGGAUGCUGCAGGAGGAGACGGGGCUUACAAAGACGCAGAUAUCUAAUUGGUUGGCUAAUGCGAGACGACGAGGAAAGAUUCCGUCGAGUGCUUCUUCGCCGAGACAUGGUGAUACGCCAGCUAUGGAUAUACCGCCGAGACCUGGGACGCCUGCUGUGAGGAAUACGUCUGAUAUGGAUCCUUUGCAGCGAUGGGUUGAUUCACCGCCUGAGGAUGAACCAGCUGCUGUUACUGCCAUUGCAAGAGCUGUAGCUUCAGUGCGACCGCAAUCAGCUCCCCGAAAGGCAUUCCAAUGUACAUUCUGCACCGAGACAUUCCGAGCAAAGCACGAUUGGCAACGACACGAGAAUUCUCUUCAUCUGCCUCUGGAACGAUGGGUCUGCAGUCCAGAAGGACCCCGUGGCCAAAAAGCCGAUAGUCCCGAAAUACGCUGCGUUUUCUGCGGCCACGUCGAUCCCGACGAUGCACACAUCGAAACACACAAUUACUCAGCGUGCAAGAAUCGACCUGUUCAAGAACGCACGUUUAAUCGAAAGGACCAUCUCAAUCAACAUCUGAAAUUGGUCCACAACGCCAAAUUCGCCGAGUGGCCGAUGAGACAGUGGAAAGCUCCGCCGCCUGCAAUACACUCCCGGUGCGGUUUCUGCAAUCUCGUUAUGGAAACGUGGAUAGACCGUGUACAUCAUCUAGCAGAUCAUUUCAAGACGGGCAAGACUAUGGCUGAUUGGAAGGGUGAUUGGGGAUUUGAACCGCAUAUUCUUGAGCUUGUCGAGAACUCGAUUCCUCCUUACUUUAUCGAAACUGAACGCAAUAGUCCUUUCCCUUUCGAAGGAAGUCGUGCACUUGUUGAAACACCCCGAACAGCUUAUGAGUUACUCAAACUGGAGCUCGCGUAUUUCAUGCAGAAUCACUUUUACAAACAUGCGCGAAUGCCGACCGGCGAUGAGAUGCAGCUCGAGGCGUGCCGGAUCCUAUUUGCCGCCGAACCGUUGUCACAUGGCGACUUGAUCUGUCCAUCCUGGCUCAGAGAUCUGGUAUUUUCGAACGUUCAAAUCUCACAACAAGCUCAAUUCGGACCAAUGCGAUCAAACGCCGAGAGUCGACUUUCUUCGCUGGAAAUUAGUGGAAAGAACAACAUCUUUGAAGGAUGUCCUUUUGAGACGCAGCUGCAAGAGUUUGUACAAGCGAAGCAGCUCCUUGGACUGAGUAUUAGAGAUGAUGAGUUGCGAGAAGAAUGCUGCAGAAUUGUCGGUCGAUUGGAAGAGGUUUCAGCAACACCAUCUGAUUUCAUCGCGAAUUGGCUUAUCAAAAUCAUUCAUUUACCCGGGGAUUGGCUGCUGCCGUUCCGACAACGUACAGGAAUUGAGCUGAUUGGUUUAUCCGAGGGAAUGAACUUGAACGCCAUGAUUCAAGAUUAUACGCGCCUGGAGCAAGAACUUGGGGCUUACCUCGAUUUGCAACGCGUCAUUGGCAUUGAACCACCCGACGACGACCUUCGCCGACAAGCGCGCGUUAUCAUUCACGGCUCAGAUUCAAAUCUCAAUCAUACAGCAGCAGAUGACGAUUAUUGGCUAGCCGCAUUCCGACAACGACAUUCCACGACGACAGAAACCUCCGAAGCUUGGAACACGCCACUGCGUCCAGAUCCCCAUCUCCUCGCCGCACGAGGUCUCGUUCUCAAAACAAGUACAGCUUUUCUGAAUGAUCACAAUUACUGGCGAUGGUUCACGCAGGAAUUACGACGUUGGGUAACUGGGAUAAUGUCACCCCAUAAUCCAGCAAGUCGCGUUCCCUCAGACGAAGAGAUCCAACAUUACGCGCGAUGGAUCAGCUACAACGAGUACGUGUCCUUUUUAAACUCGAUCUGCUGA